AUCUUAUCAGCUCCUAACGGCAUGCUCGCAACGAUGAACGGGCAGUCUCAAGCCGGGCUUCCGAAUGCCGCCGCCAAAGUCGCUCAACGACAACAUUGCUACCUCUGUGAUUUACCCAGAUGGCCAUGGGCUAUGUGCACUGACUACGUGGAGCCAGUGUGUCGUGGCUGUGUCAACUAUGAAGGAGCUGACAGGUACGUCUCCCUUUCAUAUUCACAUAUGAUGUACAGAAACGCGUCACCGUUAUCUUAUCACCGACUCCUUACAGCCGUUCAAAUGGGCUUCCAGUCACAGCUGAUGAACGGACUUCUGCCAGCAGGUUUCAAUGCAGCAAUGGGCAGAAAGCGAGAACAUGACGACGACGUGAAACCCGAGCUGUUUGGCAAAGUUCAAAGGGGUGACGCACAAACAACGUCCGUUUCGCCGACGUCCACUCACAGCCCUGACCAUCCUGACAUCAACGCCGACGAUGGCUGUAACAACCACUCGGACACAUCAUUACAAGAGCGUGUUCUUCGUUGCACAUUGUGCAACCAAAGGCUUGAGGAUACCCAUUUCGUGCAGUGCCCCAGCGUUCCAGCUCACAAGUUCUGCUUCCCAUGCUCGCGUAACUCCAUCAAAAAGCAAUGCACCGGACAGGAUCUAUACUGCCCGUCUGGAGAGAAAUGCCCAUUGGUCAGCAGUGUGAUGCCGUGGGCGUUCAUGCAAAGUGAAAUCGCGACCAUUCUAGGAGACGAGUAUGAAGAGUUCAAGCGUCAAAGAGAAGCUGCCGGACUCAGUGCUCCCGGGGUUACAACUUCGCAAGCACAGCAAAAUACGCAGCAACCAGCUCAGCAGUCGUCACCAGCUUCAACCACCACCUCGAAUGCCUCGUCAUCUUCCGUCGCUACCACGCCGAAUAUGAUGGUCAACUAA